AUUGUUUUUGUUGAGAAGUGAAAGUGAAAUUAACGUUGCUUGACUGUAUUCGAGUUUAUAACAUUUUGAUAGUACAGCAUGGAGAAGAUUGGACAGGUUUCGUUCGCUUACAUUAGACAAUCAAGGGAUCUUCCUGGUUUAGUCGUUUAUUUACAUCUCUCAUACACACACGCAUAUAUACAUGCGGUAGGAUCGAAGCAGGAAUAACAUGGUUGCGAAGACAACUUAUAUCCUUGUCUGUGUGGCCAACAUGGUCCUAUCUAUCUUCAUUUAAAAAGCCAAGCUGUGCAAAAAUUAUACAUGUGUGCGUGCGUGUGAGAAAGAAGAGACUCCUAUAAAACACAAGCUCAAUACUCAGUCAAUGUACCUCUCUGUUUCGAAUCACAUCACGUAAAAACUAUUAUGCAUAACAAAACAAACGUUUAUAUAAAUUUACACAUGGCUGAAUAAACCGUGUGUGUGUGUAUGCACACAUAUAUAUAUUUGUGCAUGUGUAUAUGUGUAUAUGUGUAUCUACAUUUCCUUGACAUCACGUUAUAGCUGUAAAUGAAGCUCAUCAUCAUACAAGCAGCGUUAUUCAUUUUCAUUCUUCUGUAGGAAUCCUGUCUAGCGGCAGGAAAUUUUGCACUGCUUAGACACAGGUGAUGGUUGACAACAGGAAUGCUGGUGGCAAGAACUAAGUAAACUAAUAUGAAAGAAGCAUUACCACCUGAGAAACGAUGAAGAUUAAUUUGGUUGUAUUUUCACUAUUUUAUUUACAUUGUUUAUUUUUUCCUUGUUGUCUUCUUGGCUCUUGUCCACCAGACAGUGUACAUGGCGAACAGUUAUCUUUCAUAGAUGGAAUUUAUUCUCUUCCUUUUAAUGAGAGGCUGGAGGAGAGAAAGCAGAAUUUGCAAAAAUAUUCUUUUGAGCACAAUGUAAAUAGUAUUGACCGUCGGAGUGGUCUUUCCCAAGAUGAGUUUAACCAGGUCUAUGAUGGAAAGUGGCCUGUCAUUCUCACCGACGUCAUUACUAAGUGGCCAGCAUUCAACUGGACUAAAGAGUUUUUACAAACAAAUUAUGGACAUGCAAAAGUUACAGUGAAGAUAUCUAAGGGUUCUGAGUCAUUUGGAUCUGUAGAGCAGCUUCAGCACAUGAUACCCCUUCUCAGCUCCAGUGAACUGAAACAAUGGUUCUAUAUUGAAGAUGAGCUCUUCCUUAACUUGCAUCCAACUCUUUUGAAAGAUAUUGGCAGCACACCACUGCUGACCGAAGACUUCUUUUCUCUGUUUCCUGAGGAAAUUCGACCAUGGAAUUCCAUGCUACUUUGGGGUGGGGCCCACUCCAGGUCUCCACUACAUAUAGACCCCUACAAUUGGACUGGAACAAAUGCAGUAUUGAAAGGGACCAAAAAAUGGAAAUUGUUUCCUCCUGGUCAGGAUGAUUUACUGUAUGUCAUUCCUGAACAGAGGUGUGGCUUCCCUUUGGAGUGUCGGAAAUAUAACAGCAAAGUUGAUGCUUUUACUCCUAACCUUUUGAAUUAUCCAAUGUUCCAAAUGGCUAAAUCCAUUGAUUUUGAGCAAAAAUCAGGUGAACUUCUAAUAAUUCCGACUGGCUGGUAUCAUCAGGCUUAUAAUUCGGAAGAAACUCUUGCUAUUUCUAGUCAAAUAAUGAACUCCAUGAACUAUUUGGCUAUUAUGGAAGAAAUUAUUAAAGUUGGUAAUUUACAGAAACAUACCCUACCAGACAAUUUUGGAAGACUUUCAAUAAAAGAACAGGUUCGGUCUCUCAUCAAAUCAUUACCUUACCAAAUUUUACUACAAGGCCGUCGAGUUGUUGACACUUACCAAAGAACAAGAGAAGAACUCUAGCUUGGAAGAAAUUCUUUUCAUGUUAUCAAUUCUGAAAAUUAUUAAUUGUUCAUAAACGUUUUUCUUCAAGACACCACCAUAUUUUAUUCACAUUGAGAA